UACAGAUGUUCUACGCCAUUUUAUGUGCAGCUAGUGCAGUGCAGUGCGAAAGCAGUGACUGGCGAAUUAUGUCUUUUGUUUUGUAGCCGAUUAUGUCUACGACUUAGGAAAUUAAUUGGUCGGGUUAGUUUCCUCUAAUAAGCCAGAAAGAUGGGGAAUUGUCUGACAGGACACGCAGCUGACGAUCUUUCGCUGCUUCACGAAGAGCCUGACCGGGUUUCGGAGAGACUAGGCCCGCCGCCGCCGUACCAGGAGGCAGCGCCAGUGUAUCAUCUGAGUCCUAACCAGCGAAGGACCGUCAGUCAACUCACAGAGGAGGAACAGGUUAAAAUAGCUCAGAGGAUAGGUCUUAUACAACACCUGCCAACGGGAGAAUAUGAUGGAACCAAAAAGGCUAGGGAGUGUGUAAUCUGUAUGCUGGAUUUCCAGAUCGGUGAUGCGUUACGUUACCUGCCCUGCAUGCACACAUACCAUGUCAAAUGCAUUGAUGAUUGGUUGAUGAGAUCCUUCACAUGUCCGUCAUGUAUGGAACCCGUGGAUGCAGCGCUUCUAUCAACGUAUGAAUCACGCUAGCAACUACAUCUUACAUAGUGCCAAUAUUAAAGUUAAUAUCAUGUGCAAACAAAUAUUCUAACCAAAUUCUUUAUUUGUAUUUCUCUAUCAUUUUUU